AUGUUUCGGCAAAACUGCCGACGCCUGCCUAAUGAAAGUUACUCGCUUAGGCUUCCCAGUCCGCCGCUCGCUGCGCGGAAAGUUGCUACCGCCGACAAUGCUCGUGCGACGCCGCCUGCGAAGAACCAGAAGACGACGUCGCAAGGAACCUUCAAAGACUUUCAGAAACCCCUUGCAUGGCACCAUUUCCCUGGUGACCCAGAAUCAGGCGUAUCUUUCCGUGCACUCAUUUACAUUCCUUCGCGUUUCACGCGUUCAUCACCUCCGACCGGCGAAUAUGGCUUGCCGAAAUGGGCUAGCUGGGUGAAAGUUAUUAUUGACGCUCUGAAACUCGCCGCGUCAGAGGACAGUAAAAACCGCCAGAAACUAGCAGCUCUUGUACGCUUUAACACAAACCAACGGGAAGUCGUAUCGUUUGACUCGUAUUUGGAGAACAGGAAGCAAGGGCAAAAGCAGAUUUUCUACCUCGCCGACAUGGGUAAAUCCAUCGAGCACCUGUCUCAAAGCGUGUUCGUAGAAAAGUUGCAUGCCCGCGGGUACGAACAUCCGGAAUUGGAAGACGUUGCAAGGCUGGACCGGACUUUGGAGAUGGUAAAUCCCCAUCAACGCGAGGGUCUUCGUUAUUCUCAUCCGCACACAGACACCCCAGAGGAAAAGGAUACAAUUGCGGAAUUGACAGACAAAUACGCUCCCCUCCUGGAGUGGCUGAAAAUUGAGGCUGGAGACAAUGUUAAGAAUGGUGCCACAAGCCGCGGUGCCCAGCAGAACGAUGCCAUGCAAGACUAUAUGAAGAAGCAGAAAGUCCUGGAAAUUAAUCCGCGAUCGCCGUUGAUCGAAGGCCUCCUUGAACAUUGGAAGAGGAGGGCUGUUGGUGUGUGGAAGGAGAGUGGGAACAUGGCAAGGGAGAGAAUUCGAGGCAAGGUUGAAGGAGAUGUAGGGGAGAACGACCCUGACGCAACGAGGAAACGAAGGAAAGUCGAGGCCGAGAUGAAGGUCUCUGGAGCGGACUGGGAACGGUUUCCGAAGGAUGUGGAUGAAUUUGACCUUCAACACGCACAAGGGAAAGGCGAAUUCACGUUUGACUUUGUGGAGGGUUUACUUGUGAAGGCUCUGCGCGCUGGCGAUUGGGUUCUCCUUGACGAGAUUAACCUGACAAGUCCCGAGACGCUAGGAUGUAUUACAGGCCUCCUGCGCGGUCCAACAGCCUCAAUCACGCUUACUGAGCAAGGCUCCCUAUUUGCUGUCCCACGACAUCCCGGUUUCCGUCUUUUCGCAUGCAUGAAGCCCCCCACUGACGCCGGCAAGGAUGACCUCCCGCCUACCAUCCGUGCGCGCUUCACAGAAAUUGAUGUUCCUCCCUCCGAUGCAGAUCGCGAGACUCUUCUCAGCAUUUUUUCGCAGUACAUUGGAACAAGUGCGGUUGGUGAUAAAGGUGCAGAACUUGCAGACGGCUCAAACAAGAAGCCACAUUACAGUAUGCGCACGCUAGCGAGAGCCCUGACGUUUGCUGCAGAUAUUGCAGGAUUGUUCGGGUUGCGACGGGCGCUUUGGGAGGGGAUGUUGAUGGCAUUUACAAGCGCCGAAGCUGUGACUGCCCUUGCACAGAAGCACAUCCUUGCUGGUGUCCGCAAUCCUCGAUCUUUGCUUGCCAGGGAACCUGGGCGGUCUGUAGAAGAAUUCAUCAAGUUUGGACCAUUUCAUCUAGAGAAGGGACCACUCCCCGAGGAUCCCGUAGAGGAAUAUAUUGUGCCAUCAUUAGUUGAGCUCGUCGACCUCGCAAGAAUCGUCUUAACUCGACGUUUCCCCGUGCUAAUUGAGGGUCCCACCUCGGCGGCAAGACGAGUGCAGUUGAAUACCUCGCUCGCAGAACCGGCCGCCGCUUUAUCCGAAUACCUCGGCUCAUACGUUUCUGAUUUUGCCACUGGCAAGCUCGUGUUCAAAGAUGGCCUACUCGUCCACACAGCCCUGGCGCCGCCAUCAAACUUGGAAAGCCGAUACAUCAAACUUGAAAUCAUCAGCGGAAAGAAUUUUAAAGUUCCUUCGGGGCGCAUUCCAGCUGACAUCUAUGUAUCCAUCAACCCUAACUCCCGGAGACGUUGGAAAUCGGCCAUCAGCGUCUUAUCAUCUGAUGAAUCUGUAGCGUGGGAGGAUACCAUAACCCUAUCAUCACAUGCCUCACCUGUACUAUCAGUGGAAAUCAGGGAAUCCUAUGAGCUUGGCCGAAUGCUAGGCAGCGGAGAGGUCAUAGGGAAGCUCCAAACGUCGUGGGAUGAGCUACUCGAUCACGAUGAUGAGUCAUUCGGUUCUAUUCCUUCUCUAAUCUGGCCCGAUUAUUUUCUCGUUUACGCUUAUCAAACAUUUGAAGCAACACAACUUUUACAUCUCACCACCGACAUCUUCCGUGAUCGUUUAUUCGACCCAGGAUGUGGUUUUAUCGCACUUUUGGUCGACAUGUUGGAACAUCGCUUAACUGAGGAUCCUGCUAUCCAAAUCCUCGGCCAACUUGCGAGCCAUAUUGACGUCCAGACUGACUUGAUUCAAAGAGGAUUCAUUGAGAAAUUGGUGUCGCUGAUGAAAAGUCGAAAGCACGAAACAAGUAGUGGGGCUAUUCUCGCGAUGUUGUCAAUUCUCUGGCACCCUUUUUUCAGCAUACAUUACGACUUAAAGCAAUUGAGGAAGGUGUCGCUGUGA